UCAGCGCCUGGUGCUGCUCUCGUUAAUGAACCUCAUAAAGAAAUUAAGAAAGACAACUGGGGUGCGUAUGUAUGCGUGUAUACAGUAUAUGAUUAUAUAUACUGAGAGUUCAUGGGUGUUUAUUGAUACUAUUUGUAGCUAAAAGUAUUGAACCUGAGCGCUGACUGGACUAAUACGAGUGAAUCUGUGAAAACGAAACUACAGUUGGCCGAGGGAGAGUCCACACGAGAAAACCGACAGAAAGAAACACAGAGAACCACAGCAGAAAACGACAGAAUGGCUGCUAACAUAUCACAGUCUGAGGCGGAUUUCACCUGCCCUGUGUGCUGUGAUAUAUUUAAGGAUCCCGUCCUCUUGUUGUGCGGUCACAGCUUCUGUAAGCACUGUCUUCAGGAGUGGUGGAGGCAAAGUAGACUCCAAGCAUGCCCAGUGUGCAAGGAAAUAUUUCCAAUGGCUCAGCCCCCACGUAAUCUGGCUCUAAGAAACCUGUCUGACAGCAUGAGACUACAGAGGAGCAAGAGAGAGACGUCAGGAUCUCAGGGGCUUUGCAAGCUGCACAGUGAGAAACUCAAACUCUUCUGUCAGGAUGAUCAGCAGCUCAUCUGUGUGAUUUGUAGGGAUGCACAAAAACAUAAGAAACACAACUGCGUCCCCAUCAAUGAAGCAGCAGAAGAACAUAAGACCAACCUCAAAGUUGGGCUGAUGCAUUUAAAAAGCAAACUGGGGUCAUUUAAAACACAAAAACUCAACUGUGAUAAAAUGGCCAGCCACAUCAAGCUCCAGGCUCAGCGGACGGAGAAGACAAUCAAAGAGGAGUUUCAGAAGCUGUACCAGUUCCUGAGAGCAGAGGAGGCUGCCAGGAUAGAUGCAGUGAGGAAGGAGGCAACACACAAGAGCGAGGCAAUCAACAUCAGGACUUCUGAAUCUGAAUGCAGAGAUCUCCUCGCUCACAGAUAA